UAGCCUUUCCUAUGAUUUUCACCUCUUUCUUUCCCAUGUUGACAGCCCAACCACACACCCGAUAUAAUGAAGCCUUUAAUUGAUAAUGCACAGGUCCAAAUUAGACUGGUUCAGUGACUGGCCGGGGCUCUUGGUCCCUGCAGACUCAGUGACCUUUGGAGAGGGCCAGACUUCUGCUCUGUGAGUGCCACUGGCCUACCACCUUUACACACACACACACACACACACAUAAUAUGUCCAGCCUUGAGCCCUCGGCAACAAAUAGUGGAUGGUAAAUGUCAGUGCUCUGGCUAUUGAAUUAUAUAGUUCAUUUUAAUUAGUGAUUGGGAUCUUUGUCCAUCAGAAAAGAUUAGAUCAGCCCACAAGAUGCACCACCAGCUUGCAUCCCUCCAAAUGUUAGUCUUCAGCAAGCUGUGAAUCUUUUUUUGAUCAGUUGGAUUAUACUUUCUGGUAUGUUGUGCACCCCUCUUGUACAUUCUUCUUACAUUUGCAUUAUUUGGAAGACACUUUUAUCCAAAGCAACCCUGGGAAUCAAACUAAUCAUCUUGAUGUUGUUCGCGCCUUGCUCUACCAGUUGUGCUACAGGUAGAGCCUCUUGCUCUCUCUCUCUCUUCCUCUCUGUGCCAGGCAUGCGUGGUCACGCUGACAAGUUGGCAAGACAACAUAGAAUCAAGACUCCUGUUACACGUUUCAUGUGGAUAAAUUAAAGAAGUGUAUUUUUUGUUACGGUUACACUGCUUUGGCUAUUGUUUUCAACUGUACAUCUUUUACCAGUGGAGGAUGAAAGGAAAGACAUAAAAGGGCCAGAUGCACCAUUUAAAAGAAGCAGCAAAAAUGAAUAAAUCAUCAAGAGAGAGUGAGGGCUAGUUCUUCACAGUAAAGGAAGCGUUCUACCCCACCCCCACCUGCUGGUGCUGAGCGAGUGAGAGCUAGAACUGAGGUCUCUGGCAGACUGACAGUUACUGCUUCUCUGGCUCUCUCUAGCUAGGCAGUUUGUUUAUGUAUUUGCAGUGUUUUUUGUGUUCCUGACCUCCCUGUGCCCGUGUCAUGCUUUGUUGCCAGCGACCCAUCCUGGAGCAAUGCCUAUCCCAGAGAUGGCUUUGAGCCCGGUGAAGUCUCUGUACUGGGAGGUGUUCCCCCCCAUGGCCACGCACCGGGUGUAUUGCACACCCAUUCUCUGGGCCGGACGCCUAUAUGUGCUGGGAGGCUGUAGUGAGAAUGGCCUCCCACUGGACUCUGCUGAGGUGCUGGAUCUGGAGAGCCAGCAUUGGUGUGAGCUGCCCCCCAUCCCCACCGCCCGGGCGGGGGCAUCUGCCGUGGCCGUCGGAGACCAGCUGAUGGUCAUGGGAGGCAUGGACGCACAGCAGAGCCCGUUGGCCUCAGUGGAGGUGUAUCACCCUGAUGAAGGCAAGUGGGAGAGGAAGACAGGACUGGGCCAGCCCUCCAUGGGCAUCACUGCACUGGAGAAAGAUGGCAAGGUGUAUGCAUUGGGCGGGAUGGGUGCAGACACAACCCCUCAGGCCACAGUGAGGAUAUAUGAGCCAGCAAAGGACCAAUGGCUGCCCCUCACCUCCAUGCCCACCCCCCGCUAUGGAGCAUUCUCCUUCCUGCGUGGCAACAAGAUCUAUGUUCUUGGUGGGCGUCAGGGCAAGCUGCCAGUUACCGCAUUUGAGGCCUUUGACCUAGAGAUGAAGAGCUGGACACGGUACCCGUGUAUCCCCAGCCGCAGAGCCUUCUCCUGCUGUGCUGCCACCGACAGGGCGUUCUUCAGCCUGGGCGGUCUCCAGCAACCCGGACCCCACAACUUCUACUCCAGACCUCACUUCGUCUCCACUGUGGAGGAAUUCGAUUAUGAGCAGGGUGUAUGGCUGAAGGCCACACGGAGCUGUCGCAUGCGAGAAAAGCGAGCAGAUUUCGUAGCUGGCUGUCUCGGUGGAAGGGUCAUCGCUGCAGGGGGACUUGGUAACCAACCAUCCCCGCUGACUUCAGUGGAGAGUUAUAACCAGCUGAAGAGAAGAUGGGAGGCCGUGGCCCCGUUACCCACCCCUCGCUGCUCCUGUGCCUCCAUUCAGAUGCCGAACAUGCUGUUCCUCAUCGGAGGGGUCUCCCAAGGUCCGAGCAACGCUGUAGAAGCCCUCUGUCUCAAAGAAACUGUCUGACACAUACACACUUCAAUGAACAAAUACAUCACAUCAUCCUCACAUUUUGUACUGUUCAGAGCACAUGCUCUGCAAGCACACAGACAGACAAACAAGACAAGCUGACCUGUAUGUCUCUUGGACAUAUUCACAGACUUUUCCUACAGAGAUGCAUCAGCUUUAUACUUCGAAUAGUGGAGAAAGUCUACAGGAGCUUGGACAGGAGACUCUUGAUUGGAGAUCUAAGACGAGCAAAAAAAAAUAUAUAUAUAUAAUUAAUCUAACUGUAUUAACAUACAGUAUAUAUACAAUUAAUUAAUAUUUAUUUAUAUAUACCAUAAUAAAUAUAGUGGCCAAAAAUGCAUUUGGACACUUACAGUAAACCAGACUUAAAAUACCUCAAUGUCAUUGCAUUAGAUAACAAAUUAUCAGAGCAAGCGGCCAAUGAAUGAUGUAUGCAUUUUUUUUAUGUUAGUCAUUUUUGCUAUUACUUUUAACUGACUGGUGUCAAUGUGAUUUUUUGUUCACAUAAUGGAGUAGUUCAUUACAUUGAUAAUGGAUCCAGUAAUGCUUGACAACCAGAAGUCUCCAAAUAAUUUUGAACAAUAUAUUGUUUUGUAAUUUAAAAGCUGACAAACGUAAUUUUUGCUUGAGGAGUAUUUGUUUGUUUGUUUUAUAAUGCAAAGGCAUUCAUACAUUUUUAAGUGUGGCUAAAGUGUCCAAUGAAUUUUUGGCUCCACUGUGCAGUAUAUAGAUGUGCAAACCUUCACAAACAGGCAAACACACAACCCUCCAGACGCCUUUGAAAUGUUCAAUAUAUUUCUGUAUCCAAGCAGGGUAAUUUUCUGGCAAACUAAAGAGGAACUUAGGGCCAUAUCCACCAAGCUGCCACAGCACCGGUCUGAGGUAGCAUGUUUAGCACUUUUUGCAUUGUAGACAAACAGAGGAUGUGCUGUGUGAGAAUUUAGAUAUAGGAGGAUGCCUUUGUGUGUGUGUGUGUGUGUGUGUGUGUGUGUGUGUGUGUGUGUGUGUGUGUGUGUGUGUGUGUGUGUGUGUGUGUGUGUGUAUGUAUGUAUGUAUGUAUGUAUGUAUGUAUGUAUGUAUGUUUUUGUACCUUCACAGCCAUGCACAUGUGAAAUUUAGAGUUUUUAUGAGUGAAGAGAGCACUCUUAUCCAACUUGUCUUAUGACAAGUCUAAAUAAUAGCAUGAGAUGGCAAAAUUGUUUACGAGUUGGCUCAUACAAAAACAUACAACUUUUUUUAUUUAAAAAUUAAUAAAGAAACAAAUGAUUUUAUGGCAAUCUUUCCUAAGUUUAACCCCUAACCUAAACCUAUAACCAUAAAGCCUAAUCCCCAAAUUGAGUGCACCACGAAAGAAAUAAAACAUCAGGUGUUGAACGAGACAAUGGAAGCAUAUUAAAGGUUAUUGGCAUCAGUAUUUUUUAUUGCAUAAAUAAACAUAAAAAUGAGUAACCAUAUUUGUUCACAUACAUUUCUAUCUUCUAAUAAAGUAUUCGAUAGGAGGCUAGCUAAAAUGAAAUGCCUGUUUGUUGAUUUGCUGGUCUCGAUGGGAAUAAAAGUAAUAUCUUUUCGUACAAGCCAUAUCGUAUGAUUUCGCCAUCUCAUUUGAAUUAUUACACCAAACUAUGUUGUCUUAUCUCACUAAUGCCUACACUGUAGCAUGAGACAGCAAAGAUGAAAAACUACAUGGAUUAUCUUGCCAGUCAAAGGAAAGUUAUGGGUAAAACACAAAAUUAGCCACAGAUGCUUUUAAUUACCACAGACAAUAAUUUUUACUUCUCAAAAAAAAUAGGUCAAAAUGAUUUACAGUAAUGUACAUACAAUAGAAGUUCAUGGGGGAGCCAAAAUGUGCAGUUUGUAUUUUUGUUACAUUGCUAAUAUAAUUUUUUCUGGACAAAAAUGUUAUUUGGGCUAUAAAGUUGUCUUUGUUGUCUCUCUAUAAAUUUGCACAGACAUGGUUAUUAUGCGAUUUUAUCAUAAUCUUGUGGAUAAACUAACAGUCUGUGUUUUAAUGUUUAUUUUGGUGUAAUACCUUCCCCAUAGACUUCCAGAUGAAGUACAUUACUCUAAACUUCAUUUAAAAAAAAUUGAGGGAUAGGUCUGAAUGUUUUUCUGUAGUAAUCGACAGCAUGCCAGAGAACUUGCUUUUAAACCUUACUUUAAACACAUAUACAAUGGUUUCUUAUACCAAUGAAGAUUGUAAAAGGGGGGAUGUCUGACAAAGUACGUUCUUUUCUAAAAGUACACUGUGGAAAGCCUUGACACUAAAUUAUUGCCAUUUUGUAAAUACUUUCAACUAAGUCAACUAAGCAAAUUUUCAACAUCGUUAAGCACGUUACAAGCACUGUAAUUGUGUUUUACCCUGCAGCUCUAAUUCAAAUGAUGCUGUGAGUAGUUGGACAGACAAGUGAUGGUUUUCUGCCUUUUGGGGUCAUAUUUAAUUGGAAGCUAAUUCUUCAGGGAAAGACCUAAUUAAAUCUAGCCAUUGUAGUUGCAAUACAAGCCUCACAGACACAUGUUAACUCUUUUUGAGUGACCCAUUUACUGGAUGAGAUCUCAGAGGACAUGGAGGAGGACAGAGGACUUUUUGAUGAGAUAAAACCCCUGACGCGGACUUCAUAUGCCUCAUUCUUGGUUCACUGGUGCCCUGUGGAGUCCUGUAUUCCUUCCACUGAUGAUCUGACAUCUGAGUAUCGGGUCACCGAGCUCAUUUAUCAUGCGGAAAAUAGAACUUGUGCAUGUCAGGAAUUUGGGUGACAGGUUUGGGUGCAAUAAAACCAGGCGCAUCUCACCAUUUGAGGGUCAAUAUGGCUUUGAUUUAUCUGGUAUGUGUGUACAAUGGGUUUCAAAAGUCUCAGUCAGCUAUUUUGCUUUUUAUAGUUUAAUAGCAUUUUUCAUUACACAAGAUCAGCAUAACAAAUAUGCUUAUUUGAUUAGUUUUUUUUUUUUUUCUCGUUUUUGUUUUUGUUUUUGACACCAUUAUGCUUCUUGCUUUAUUAAAUAAUAAUAAUAAUUAAAAAAAAUCCUAAAACUGUCUGUUUAUUUCCAGGUUUAAUAAAGAUUUUGAAUUCUAGAUUUUCAAUCUGGGUGCAGACUUUUGAAACCCUAAAGAGAAGGGUUGUGACCCACAAACGAUGUUUCGGUGACCCUUCAUUAUGAGCCGAUGUAAUGCCUGAGGGUGAAAUAAGAUGUUCAUAUUUGAAACCUUUGUGCAAGUGCAUAUGGCUGUUUGUUUAUAUGUGUCUUUGUUUGGUUUGGUUGUGUGGAUUGGUUUUGAAUGCUCUGUCUGUGUAUGACAAAAGCAUCCAAUAUUAAAUAUGACACAUGCCUGCUCACAAAUAUGAGGAUAAAAGGAACAAACACAUACAAUCCAAACACACACUCGCUUAACAAGCCUUUUUUUAUUUCGAUUUGCACCUCCCUAAUGACUGUGAUAUUGUGCUUGCUGCCGGCGGUCUUGUGCAACAUGUCACAGUGGAAAUACAAACUAUUGAUGGACGAAUAUUUCUGGCUGUAUGGAACCAUGACAGUCACGCCUUCUCUGAGACAACAACAGAGGACUGGAAGAUUUGUAACAACCCCAGAAGAUGAGCAAUUAUUUUUAUUAUUUUAUUUUUGUCACUGGUGUUGGAUUACGCUCUGCUGCAGACGAGCUCAAAGAGUGUUAAUUUUCACUUAAAAAAAACGUACGUUUCAUGUGAGGUUAAAUUUCACCAUGGUUCACAUUUGAAACGCUCUCAAAGCAAGGCAGGGUCGGCGAUGUGUGAAUAGAUGAUCUGAGGGAAAGAGAUAAUGCUGAAAGAAAUAUACCUCUAUUUUUUCUUUUCUACAAAUUCUGCAACAAGAAACAUGACUCAUCUUGGAGAGUAUUUUUGGUUUUGUCCCUUUUUUUUCAUCAUUACUAUUAUAAAGUCACUGUUGUAAGAUGUUAAAGGGAAGUUCAAAUUGUGUCAUUUACACAACCUGAUGACUUUCUCCUGAGGAACACAAAAGGAGAUGUUAUGCUGAAUGUUAGGGACUGACAGCCUCAGUCACCUGUCAGUUUCAUUGUAUGGCAAAAGAUGCAAUGAGAGUGAGUGGUGACUGAGGCUAAUACACUGCUUAACAUCUCUUGUGUUUCACAGAAGUAAGUAAGCCUUUGGAGUUUGGAACAACAUGAGGGUAAGUAAAUGAUGACAGACUUUUUAUUUUGGGAUUUUGAAUUAGAGGCUUCACAUAUUCACAAAAUAUUUUACUCUCAUUUUUUAUUUCAGAGGGUAAGCGAAUGCUGUUCAAACCUCGACAAAGUGCUUUUAAUUACUUUAGACAUUAUACCAAUUCUUUGACUUAGUUUUUUUUUACACAAUCAUAUUCAAAUGCAUUUGUCUUUUGCCCUUAUUCGUAUGUAAAUCACUUCAGACUAAACACCGUGUAAUGAUCACCUAAACUCUAAGUAGCAGUUGUUUUGCUGUGAAUUUUCAAGUUUUUCCAUGUUAUGAAUAUACUGUGGUGAAUUUCGAGUCCGAGUCGGUGAACUAAUGCAGCUUCUCCAGUGUCUUGUGGGUUUACCUGUGUGUUUUUGUUCAUUUGUGAGGUGACAGGUUAUACAAGGAGCUGAUGGUCUGUUGUUUCUUUAUGAUGUUGUGCUGUCAUAUAGUGGUGUAAUAGUGGUAGCUGAUGGCCUCUGACAGUCUUCAACAUGCAGUGCUGACACUCUGGGCAUAUGUAAUCUCCAUAGAAAAUCAAUGAAAAUCCACAUUAUCUCGUUGCAUAAUCUCUAAUCUGAAGAUGGAUAAAUCUUGACUUUAGCCCUAAACAGAAAAUACCAUUUUAGUUCAUGUUUUUUCAGCUAUGAAAUAUUGCAACCCUUUUGGCAUUAAGGAUUGUUCCACACUGAGGUAGAUGAGCAGAGACACACAGACAGCCCAGGGGAACUAACAAAGUCCCAUGAGAUUACAGUGCAUCCAUCUACACAGCGAAAGCUAUUUAACUCUCUGCACUGUUGUCAACCAUGCACUAAAUCAAUUUCUGUUGUAACACUUUGAAAAAGCAGGUAACUGUUAUCCACAUUCUUUAUUCUAUGAUUGUUUGAAGAACUAAGGGACUAUAGAUCUGUUGGUUUAUGAGUAAUGUAGUCAUGUACCUCUGUAAGCUGAGACAACAUUCUGAGGCUAUUAAUGGCUGUUAAUUGAAACUUUGUAUAAAAUAGAUAACAUUUGAAGCAUUGUGUAGAAAAUAGGCAAAGGUUUCUUCAGAAAUGGCCUGCAACUUUUGUUGCAGAUAUCUCUUUGAAAUAUCUUAAAGGUGCUGUAAGCGAUUUUAGCCUUUUUGCUAGCUUUCACCAUUUUGCUAACUUAAAAUACACAUGCUCUCUCCAAAACACUGCCCUCCAAAGAUGCGUUCACAAAACCACCACAAAAUGAUUGAUGGGCAGGGAGUGUUUCUGAUUGGCUAGUUUUACGAUUGGCAAAAAAAAAAACGUAAUUUUUGCUGUUUACAUACCCUAUGGCUUUCACAGAGACAGUUGUGAUUUCCGUGAUAUCAGUCAGGUAGUUUGGACUUUUUAUUUGUUGUAUUACAGGUAAAUAACUUAAAGCACCUUUAAAGUUGCCGUCAAGAUGAAGGACAGAUAGCAAUAUAUAAAAACGCACCAGAAUAGCUUAAAAGGGAUAGUUAACCCAAAAAUCCAAACCAUCCCUUGACUCAUCUCAUGACUUUCGUUCUUCAACAAAACACAAAUAAAUAUUUUUUAGAAGAAUAUUUCAGCUCUGUAGGUCCAAAUGAUGCAAGUGAAUGGUGAUCAGACCUUUGUAGCUCCAAAAAACACACAAAGGAAACUAUAUUCAGAAAGAAUAUGUUAGAUUUGGGUGAUAAAUAGAUCAAAAUUUAAGUCAUUUUUUACUCUAAAUCUCCACUUUCACUUUUACAUAUGAAAGCCACAUGUGGUGCCUUUAGUUAUACUUUCACAUGUGAAAGUGGAGAUUUGGAGUAAAAAAAGGACUGAUCACCAUUCUCUUGCAUUAUAUGGACCUACAGAGCUAAUAUAUUUGUUUAAAUAUCUUUGUGUUCUAAAGAAGAAAGAAAGUCAUACACAUCUGGGAUGCCAUGAAGGUGAGUAAAUAAUGAGAGAAUUUUCAUUUUUGGGUGAACUAUCCCUUUAACUUUGGUGGAGUGAAAUCUGUGGCACUUGUUAUACCCCCUAUUGUAUGUUAGCAGAGAGAACUUCACUUGAACCUGGCUAGAUAGGUUAACAUGCUCUGGAUUUAUAUCUGAAUUGUCUUGAAACGUGUUGACACACAAUAGCAAGUCCAGUUCAUUAGUUCAGUGCCUAUAUAUGUGAGGUAGUGCCUCUACUACGAUUUCUGUAAUAAACACUUUGAA